GUCGCGUUUCUGACGUUUCUCACCUAUACGCUAAGCGAUCCAUCGCACAUUCUAACCCCACAAAUCGCAUUUGUCUCCUUAACUCUUUUCAAUCAACUGCGAUCACCAAUGACUAUGAUCGCUUAUCUCAUACAGCUCACAGUACAAGCUCUUGUCGCAAAUAAACGUCUAAAAGAAUUCUUGGUGGCCGAAGAGCUUAACGAAAUGGCUAUUGAUCGAGCUCCUCAACGCAAAGAUGAAAAUGCUGAAAAAAAUGCGAUCGAAGUUCGAAAUGCGACGUUUGCUUGGGAAACAAAUGAUAUGAGUGCGCUCAACUCGAUGGUGACUGAAAUCAACUUGAAGGUGCCAACAGGCCGACUGUUAGCUGUAGUUGGGAAGGUGGGAUGUGGUAAAAGCAGCCUUCUGAAUGCCCUACUAGGUGAAAUGGAGAAACUUCGUGGGUAUGUUGGCGUACAUGGACGAUUAGCUUACGUCCCUCAACAACCGUGGAUUCGCAAUCUUACGCUUCGGGAGAAUAUCACAUUUGGGAAGAGAUUCGAUGAGAAAUUUUACAAUAGUGUGGUUCAUGCGUGCGCGUUAAGGCCUGAUAUUGCGAUAUUGCCACAGGGUGAUUCAACUGAAAUUGGUGAAAAGGGAAUCAACCUAUCUGGUGGACAGAAAGCGCGAGUCUCGCUGGCAAGAGCCGUCUAUCAGAAUUACGAUGUUUAUUUGCUGGAUGAUCCACUCUCUGCAGUUGACAGUCAUGUUGGGAAGCACAUCUUCAACAAGGCUAGUCACAUCGUUCUCGGUCCGCAUGGUUUGCUGAAGCAUAAAACGCGUAUCCUGGUAACACAUGGAAUGACCUAUAUAAAGGAAGCCGAUGAAAUCGCUGUAAUGAAUGGUUGGGUUUUGAUUCGCGGAAUAGAAUUUCGGGACGGCACUGUUUACACAUCACUAAAUGGUAAAAUUGCUGAGAUCGGCAAGUUCGAUACCUUGAUAGAAAACUGUGGAGAGUUUGCUGAAUUUAUGGAGGAAUGUCAAAGGGAGAAUGAAAGACAACAAAAAGAAGAGGAGGAACGAGCCAGAAAGAGAGCAGAACUGGAAGAACCUGUAGAGAACAAUCCAGGUCAAUGA